AUGAGUAAAGACACUGAGGUCAAUGUUCCUACAAUAAAAGUGAAGCAAGUGGAUGCUUCUUUAGAUAAACCAUUAGAUGCAGAUGCUCCACCCACUAUAUACCAAACAAAGCUGACUCCCGAAUUAGCAUCCGCUGCAUUAAAUUUGUCUGUGGAUUUUUUGAAACAACAACAAUCAUUGUGUAAUUAUUAUUUGAUUAAGAGUCCCAUUGUUAUAAUUAUCGAUUUAUUAUUCUUAAUAAUUUAUUUGGGUCCACGUUUAAAUUAUCCUCCUUUGAAUUCUUCUAAUGACUCCAUGGUUUCAAGAUUUAGUUCCGUCUCAGGCUAUUUAUAUCAUAUCUAUAUGAUGAACAAAUUUACCCUAUUAUCUGCUGCUUUGUUCACUGUAAUGUUAACUUCAUUUGUAUUCACUCUAGUAUCAAGAUUAUCUGAUACUUUCUUUAAGACCAAAAUUGAACAAAUUGUUAAAGGUGAUGGUGAAAUCAUUUUUGGUUUUAAAUUAACUGAUAUUGUUAAAAUUACAAAGACUACUCCAAACUUAUCGGAAAAUACUAAUAUCGUAGUCUAUAGAAAUACCCCAAUCGCACUGGUAUCAGUCAGUGAAAACCAAGUAUUGUCCACUCCUGAUUCUUUAACUAUGACCAUUAGUACCAUUGGUUGUCGUAGAGUCUAUGUGAAAUCAGGCAUUUUGGAAGAUUUAUUAGAUUGGACUAUGCUUAGAACUAAAGCAAUUGGUGUAGGUAAGAAUAAAUUAGAUAAAUCAAUGAAAGUGCUUAUUGAAAUAUAUUCCUUCGAUGAUGCUAUGAAGAAAAUCUUGAAAAAGAAAGGUUAUUCUUGCAUCUCUGUAGGUAAAGCUCAAGAGAAUAGAUUAUUAAGUGGAUUGUUUGGUGUUAAGAAAGAACUUUGGGGUGUACAAUUCCAUGUAAAGAAUCCAGAAUUGUAA